CAUUCGACUUAUUAUUUCAGAUAUUGUCAUCUGUGAACAUCAGCUGAAAAUUAUCGUGUUUAUGCGUAGUAUUUGUGUUUAUUUUUAUAUUGUUGCAAGUGAUAGACAAAAUGGCAACAGGAGUAAAACCUCGUGACGAUGAAUCUACUCUUACAAGAACUGAUAUCGAGGCAAUUCAAGAAGCUAUGAAAAGUAAGAAAUUUCGAGAAAUGUUAGCCGACUACUGCGAUGAAGUACGUGACCCGGCGAAUCAAGCUCUCUAUCAAAAAGAAAUGACCCAAUUGGAAAAGGAAAGGGGCUAUGAUAUCACUUUUAUUAAUCCUAAAGGUGGCUAUGUUAUUAAAACAAGCGUCGCUGGCGAUAGAAAAGCGUUUAUAAACAUUUGUAGUAAUGAGAACAUCGGCAAACCGUCACAUUCCGUGGAGAGUGUAAACGGCCAGAAAGGUAUGAAUUGGCAAAUCCCUUAUUCUUUGAUUCCUCCAAGGGAAGAUUAUGAUAACAAGAAACAGCGGUGUGUAAUUUACGAUGUUGUUUUUCACCCUGACACAUUGCGCAUGGCAGAGGUUAACGAACGAUUUCGAGAAAUCGUAAACAAGACGGCUUUCGAUGGUCUCCAAAGUACUUAUAAAAUUCAUUUGGACAUUAACAAUUGUCGUUUUCCUAAAUCCUUCUACAAAGGUAUGACAACUUCAGCAGUUGUUAGAAAAGAAGAUCCCAACUUUAAGCCUCCAACAGAGGAUGAGAGCGAGAAACUUUCGCCGGAAGUUAUAGAAAAAUUGUAUCCUCAGCAUAAUUACACAAACCAUAAAGAGCCACAGGAAAGUAGUGAGAUAAAAACUGCCACAAAGAAAAGAGCUGGGUUUGAGAAAAAAGAAUUCUCACACUCUCUGGAUGAAGGCUACACAAUACCUAAAUAUGUUAUUAAACAACAGAAAAAUAUAGACUUGCAAGACUACACCUUCCAUAAAGAUAGCAAACAAUAUUCUGCAAUCCCAAGUCAAUUAGUUGUGGAGAUUAACUUGCCUCUAAUUUCUUCUACUACAGAUUGUAUUUUGGAUGUAAAUGAUAAAUCUUUAAGUUUAGUUGUGGAAAAACCUGCCAAAUACAAACUUAAUUUGACACUUCCAUAUCCAGUUGAUGAUAAUUGUGGUAAUGCCAAAUUUGACAAAACAAAGCACAUAUUAAUUGUUACUUUACCAGUGAUAAAAACUGUGAAAGAAAAUGUUCAUGACAAUUCAAAGUUGUUAAAAGUAGACAGUGGUGUUGAAAGUGAAGAAAAUUCUGGUUCCCAAAGUGAAGAUGAUACCAAUGAGCAGAAAAUUAUUGUGCUAAGUUCUAGUGAAAGAUCGGAAUCUAAUCCUCCUGAAUUAGAAAAGGAAAUUACAAAAGAUGAACCAUUCUUGGAAACCUCUAUUAGUUACUUACUGCCAUCUUAUACACAUAACUUCUUAGAUGAUGUAAUAGCUUUCACUUUCCAUGUGAAGAAUACUGAACCAGAAUCGGUAAUGGUGAAGAAUGAUGGUAAUGAAAUUGCCAUAAAAUUCACAACGAUUGGUUCAGGUUUUGUACCAGUGCAUCAUGCAGCUAUUAUUGUCUUUGAGGAAAAUAUUAAAUUCAAGACAGUCACUGGAGAAGCUUGGGAUAACAAUGUGAUCCUUCAGCUAGAACUUGCUGGUGAUAUCCCACAAAGUUUCAAUAUUGGUCUAAGUAAAGAUUCCAUGACCAAUGAACACUUAGAUGCGUCUCAGUUAAAGCAAUCUCAGAUGGAAGAAAGUAAAGUAAUUAAUCCUCAAGAUGAAAUUCAAUCACCAUUUGUUGAGGUUACUAACUUGGGAUUGGAGACAAAUAUUGUUGUCUCAUCUAAUUGUGGUAAGGAUGAGGAAUGUGAAAGGGAGAAAGAAAAUGAUAUUGUUUGGGUGAAUUCUGGUACAUGUGAGAAUGGAGCUAAGAGUAUACUUCGUAAAUCGAUGUCAAUGAUGCGUAGCUUUUCUGAAUCCAGUGUGGGAGAUGUUGCAUCAUCAAUGGACUAUAUUAGUUCUGAUUGCAUCCCGGAAGAGUCUAGUUUGAAAAAGACUGUUAGGUUUAGUGAUGUUAUUGCGAGGCAAUUCUACAGAUAUAAUUCAUCUAUAGAAGGUCAAAAGAAGAAAAAUCAAAGAAGGAAAAGUAAAAAACGGAACCAGGAGAGACGUAAAAGCGAAAGUGAGGCUGAAGAAGAGACAAACAAUUCUAUUAAGUCGUCAAAGCCGAGGCUAAAAUCUGUGCUAAAACAGAGACGUGACAGCGGGCUAGCUGAUACAUCAGAUGCGGAAGCUGAAUGCAAGAACAUGCCCUCUGACUCUGAGUUAUCCUGUGACAGCACCAAUAGUGGCAAGAAAGAUGUUAAUGCUAAUACCGGAGAUAGUUCUCCACUAAACAUAGUCGAUAAAAACGGUAAUACAAGUAAAAACUUUGAACCUCACAUAUGGAAGUCAAAGCAGCAGCCAACCAAUGUUAAGAAAAACCCAGUGACUUGUGAUAUAAAACAUGUUACGGAUUUCUAUAAUCCAGAAAAACUAAACAAAGGUCAAUACACCGAAGUUAUGUUUAAGAAUGAUCUCAUAUUUGAUUUGGACAUGUAAGAUGUCCCAUUUCAAAGAAGCCAUAAGUAUAUAAUGAUAUUUUAACUUAGUAUAGCACCAGUAGUUUUGUUGUGUAGAUUUUUGAAUUUGGGGAAUAAUUGUUUUUUCUAUCUUUCCAUUUUGUGUAAUUGUUUUUUGCAUGGAAAGAUAUCUUCCUAUAUGUUAGCUUAGUUUAUGACAAUGGUUUUGUAAAUUUAAAUAUUUACUCAUGUAUCAAUGAUUUAUUCAUCGUUUGUGUCAAUUAUUGAGUUUAAAGAUGUAUUUACAAAUUAAAUAAAAUUAGGAAUUCUUCAAUUUUACAAAGCAAAUAAGAUAAAUGUAAACUUAGUUGAAAUAAUUGGAUAAAUAUUAUUAGAGCAGGCUCAUUUUUGGACAAUAUUUUAUUAGGAAUGUUUUUAAAGGUACAAAUUAGGUUAUUAUUGUGACAACACAUUUAUUAACUGGCAACACCUACCUCUAGUUUAGUUAUACGAAAGUUUACACCGUCAUAGAGUAAAUAUCAUAGACUAACGACAUUUUAAUAUAAUAAUUUUCGAAUAUUUUAGAGAAUGUAUUUCCCGGCCACAGGUACAGAGGUACUUGCUCAAUUCUUGUUAGUGCCUUGUUUAAAGUAUUUUAAUUGACUACUGUUAGUAUUGGGUUCAGCUAAGAAAUCCAAAUGUUUAAUUGGUUUGAGCUGUUGUCAUAAACCAUGCAUUUAAUUUUGUUAGUAUGUAGUGUAGUGUGUAUUUAAAUUUAGAUAUGUUUAACAAAAAAGUUUAAACGGAGAAUGUGAUGAUUUAAUUAAUGGUUUA